AUGGGUUUCCAUAGUGUGACCAUUAUUUCUCCUACAGCGUAUAAGCAGAGGGCCCCACCAGCCUACAAGUUCGCCUCCGAGUUACAGGAGAGGUUGAACUCUGAGGAGGUUUUUGAGAAAUUAUUGUCUCAAGAAAUUUCCCUGCCAUUAGGAUCAAUCUUAGGAUCAUCUUUUGAGCUUAAUAAGCGUCUCCAAAUGGCCAUGAAAGUUCAAAGGAUUCUGAUUGCCAAGAAAGCAGAGACAGUUGUUCUGGACCUUGAGCCAUCAAAGCCUUUGCCAGUUGAGGAAGAAGAGUUAUACUUUAGACCCAUCUUUGAUGUCUCAAGUCUUGAGUCUGAAUACUCAGACGAUAGUGACAGCAGAGAGUCCGUUAAUACGGAUGAACACACCAACUGCUGGAAGCAGAGCACCUGCAAGAAUGCGGCCUCACCAGCCAUGAGAUUUAUUCUUUGGCCAAGCGGCCUUCAUAUCUAG